AUGCAAUUUAAUAGACUUAAAUAAGAGUAUUAGGAUAAAAUCAAUUAAUUUCGUAAUCACCCUGCUUUUAACAAAUUGCACUUUGAUAUUCUCAAGGCUAUUAUUGAUUCUGCUAGUGUCUUAUAAUUUAUUAAAAAUUAGAGAGUUUACAUUGAAAAUGAGUUGAUGGGGACUGUUUAUAUUGUAAAAACAGGAGAAUUCAAAAUGAGUAAAAGAGUACUGUAAUAAAAUCCUGUUUUUUCUUAUUUAAAGAAAUGGAAGUAAUUUGAGAUAUGUUUAUUAGAAAAAGGGGACACCUUUGGUAUAGAACAUUUGGAUGUUGAGCCUAAAGGAUAUUAUAAAUAUACUGUUGUUUGUCAUUCAUAUGAGGGAUCCUUGUAUUCUCUAAAAUUGGAUUAAAUUACUUAGAUUUUAAAGAAUCAUCGCAUAAAGGUCUAAGCAGAAAAUCUCUUCUAUUACUAAUAAUAAUUAAGUAAGAAUAAACUCUACAUCUAUCGGGAGUAAUAAAUUAAUCAACUAAAUUCAAAUGAUAGUCCACCGUAAGAACAUAAAGGAAUUCGAUCAUUUUCUUAUGUCCAUAAUGAAAAUGGCAUCAAUAAUUAUAGAUCAUAAAAUCGGUCCAUAAGUUAUGAUCCCUCAUAUUGCGAGAAGAUACAAUCGCUGAUUAAUUACUAAAAACAAAUAAUAAGCAAUCCAAGGAGGAUCAUCAAGACAGAAGUCUUAGAGGAUGAUUCUUAUAUCGAUCAAUCAGUCAACAAUCACAUUAAAGCACUGAAACCAUUUAUAAAUAACUUUUAAUCAGGAAGAAAUAUAACUAAGCGAUCGCAAGUAUGUUCUUAGGAUCGAAUAGCAGAGUUGAAUCAAAAUGAAAAGAUUUUUAAAAUGAAGGUUCUAUACAAAUUAGGAUACAGGCCUAAGAAAAAACUACAAAUAAGAAUGCAUUAAAUUCCAAGCUAACAUCUAUCCAAAAUAUUCCCAUUUCAUUGUAAAUGA